AUGCCUCCCACAUCGUCGUCCCCCGGUCAAUAUCCAAAUAAUUAUGAUAAUAACCAGUGGUACCCGCAGUCCCAGCAGACGGGCCGCAUUAACGAAGCCGUCAACUCGGCGUUCAGCAACGCAGAUCAGCCGCCUUACUUAUCCCCCGAAGUCCUCACCCAGAUAACGGCCAAUGUGAUCCAGCAGCUUAAAACAACCGGCCUCGAGAAUAUUCCGACUCAACAGCAGCAGCAGCCGCAGCAUCACUCCCCCAUGUCACCUCGUGCUGGACGAGAAGACAACACCUCGAGCUAUCAGCCAUAUCAUCCACCGCCUCCAAACGUAUAUCAAAACAGCCCCCGCCCGCCUUCGAGAUCUUCUCACAUUUCUCAACCCAUGAGCAGGUCUGGCUCGCGGGCGAGUCAAGUCAGCGAAUAUAAUACUAGGGUGGAGUCUCGUUCGAGUCCUCUGUCCAGAGAGAGCACUGAUGCUGAUGGGGAAAUGACGACGCUUGAGAAAAUCUGGGGAAAGCUCUUUGUGGACGGAAAGCCAACCAAGAGGCUUUCGCAAUUCUUGCGGGGGAUUGCAAUGCAUUUGAUCGAGGAUUAUCCGCCGGGGAAUACCAUCGUUGUCACUCCUGAGAAGAUGCAGAAGUUCUACGAGGAUACGGCAGUUGCCUCUGACCCUUAUCCAUGGCAAGAUAUCUUCCACGACCGCACAUCCUCGAUCUCAAGGCUACUCCGAGAAGUAGAAGCAGAACACCACCUUAUACAAAUUAAGUUGAACGAAAGACCGGACGUUCCAGGCUUGACGCCUCGAGGCUUCGAGCGAUGGGCUUCGUUGAUGAUCCAAGCUCAUCCGGACAGGGAAUUCGAUCGAUUGCAGAAGGCCGUCUUGAACAUGCCCAUCAGCAAUCCGGACGAUAAGAGAGAGAGAUUUCCCAAAGAAAUUCCCCGACGGCUGUUUCCAGAAACUCCGAAUUUUGAGUUGAGAAGACAACUCGAUCAAUACAUUACGGAGCACUGUGUCGUGAAACUACCACCCAUAACGGAUGAGGAGAUCGCCGCUGCGCACCGCCCUCACAAGGCCUAUGUCAGCCCGGCAGUAGAAGACGAAGAGGAGGAGGAUGAGGAAACAAUUUCAGGCCCUAUCGAGCGCGAACGAAAACCGUAUAGCGCGCAGCCGGGCGGUGGUAAAAAGUAUGAUGACGGUCCCUUUAGGCCAGGGCAUGGUCAUAGCAAGUCCUUUUCGUCGAGUACCGCUAGACCGAGAGAAAGCUCGAUACCUCCAGUUCCUGGACAUCGGACACCUGAACCGCAACACCAGGACCCAGUCUACCCACGCUCCGGAAGUGCUACGCCCCACCAUCCUCUCAUCAGACCUGGACGCUCUCGAAGCUCUUCGCGGAGCGUAGCUGGUCAUGAGUACAGACACUCUGAGGGAGAUAUCCUCACUCACCAUGGCCAUCCACGUUACGCCGGAGACCACUAUUUGAGCCCGGCGACCGUUUCAGGUGAUACAUUCGAUGAUGGUCGGCGGUACCGAGACUUUGAGCGCGAAAGCGAGGAUAAGCGACUCUAUGACGCUAUUCGAGAACGUGAAAAGGCUAAAUAUCAUGAUCACUUCCCUCCGCGAGGGCACUGGGUAGGCCAGGAGGAUUACUACCGUGCUCUGUCCGGCCCUGGUGGAAGCGGUGGUUACGACGCCUACGGUUAUCGAUGA